AUGUCAAAUCGCCCGCGCACCCUGGCGGUCGCUUACGAUUCCGAUGCAUCUUUCUCGGCUGACGAUGAAUACGACAACUACGACGAUGUUUUCGAUGCGAAGGAGCAACAAGAUGGUUCGGACACCGAUGCAACUGAUAAUGAAGAUCUCUACGAAGACGACGAUUUUGAUAUAGAGGACCAGGUUCGGCUCUUCGACGGGAAUGUCCAUCCACCUGAGUACUGGCGGCGCAAUGUGGAGGGAUUUAACGAGGAUUCUUACGCCUGUCAAGAUUAUAGCCUUAGGACGACGGUGCUUCUCAAUGCCGUAGAGGAACAGUGGCGCCAAUUCUGUAGUGUUCUCAAGCGCGGCACAGAAGACUGCUACGCAACGAUUUCCCUUGGCCUCCUGUAUAACUUCUUUGACUGGUUCCUAAGUCAGAAGGUUGGUAAGGACGGCAGAAAGAAACGCGGAAUCAAGAAGAAGAGCUCCUUGGGCACAUACUGGAAGGUCUUUCGACUCGUCUUCGAGAGAGCCGUGGGCGACAAGAUUGACCAGAAGCUGAACCGCAGUAUGCAUAGGGAAGGUCUGUCCCACCGCAGCGCCAGCACCCCCACUGACCGGUUCAGGUUCUGCGAGACCUCGCGAAGAAGCACAGUUUGA